AUGGAUCACAAUUAUCCGAGCGAAUAUUCGGCAGAUGUUCAAGGCGAGACCAGCCAAGAGUCGACGCUAGCAGGCGUACGCGCCGUCAUCUCUCAGCUCGAAGCUGAUCACAAGUCCAAGGGUAUCAAACUCUCUGGACGUAUCAUUCAUGUAACACACUAUCUCCCCAUCGUAACCGCCCUCAAGCCCAAGUCCAAUGGCGAGCCAGCUGCUCCGAUCAGCCCUCCCAAAACCCCAGAGGCCGAUAUCGUCUCACUCGAAGCUGAAAAGGCACAUAAAUCAGCCGCCGGCAGGAUCGCGUUUUCUGACGAACCUUUCCUUUCUCUGCUUUCGACAGUUACUGAGCAACCACCCGCUCAGGAAAGUGCCCCUGCACCUCCUAUCUCUCCCGCAGGUUCUACUCAUUCCCUUCCGGAAGCCACCUCUUCUUCGAAAUGGCACCUAACCCCUCGCCGAGGCCACACUGCCAUGGUUUCGGGUAUCCGCUCACUCUGUGCAACCCACGAGCAAAUCAUUCUUGCCUGGACUGGUGACAUUGAAUCUGGUCAAUCUGAAGGAUCCCAGAAACAAUUGGUCAAAUCUGAAACCCUCUCCCAAGAGGACAAGAACGA